AUGCAGACUGGGUCUCCAUAUUUGCCAUCUACUCAAGAAGGUAUAUCAAGAUUAAUCGAGCAACAAGAGGAAAUUCUGAAAUACGGCAACACAAGAAUGAAAAGUAAAAGAAGAGUAGACUUUGUCGUUUCUUCAAGCGCUCCAAUUCAAUUUCGUUUUCAACAUUGAGGUUAUUUUGUUUCUGC